AUGGUUCAUGUUGCAAGUAAUGGAGAGGAGAAAGGCGCGGAAGAUAAUGCUGCCGUCGAUUUUCGUGGUCGCCCCGUUGAUAAAACAAAAACUGGAGGGUGGUUAGCUGCAGGACUUAUCUUAGGUACUGAACUUGCUGAAAGAAUAUGUGUUAUGGGAAUAUCCAUGAACUUGGUGACUUACUUGGUUGGAAAUUUGCAUCUUGAUUCAGCUUUUUCUGCUACCAUUGUUACUAAUUUUAUGGGAACGCUCAACUUGCUUGGCCUUCUUGGUGGCAUUUUAGCUGAUGUAAAGCUUGGCAGAUAUGUCACUGUUGUGAUAUUUGCAUCCAUAGCAGCAAUGGGAGUGUGUUUGUUAACUUUAGCUACAACAAUUCCAAGCAUGCUACCACCUCCAUGCAGUGAAGUAAGAAAAAAACACCACGAGUGCAUCCCCGCCACCGGAAAACAGUUAGCACUUCUCUAUGCAGCUCUAUACACAACAGCUUUAGGCGGCGGAGGAAUAAAAUCCAAUGUGUCCGGUUUCGGAUCCGAUCAAUUUGACACAAGAGAUCCAAAAGAAGAAAAGAAGAUGAUAUUUUUCUUCAACAGAUUCUACUUUUUCGUAAGUAUUGGAUCUUUAUUCUCAGUUAUUGUGUUGGUCUAUGUUCAAGACAACAUAGGAAGAGGUUGGGGAUAUGGAAUUUCCGCAGGAACAAUGGUGGUUGCAGUUUGUGUUUUGCUUUGUGGUACUCCAUUUUAUAGAUUCAAGAAACCACAAGGAAGUCCUUUUACUGUUAUAUGGAGAGUAUUGUUCUUGGCUUGGAAAAAUAGGACUCUUCCUCUACCUUCACAACCUUGUUUUCUCCAUGGUUAUGUUGAAGCUAAGGUCCCACAUACAGAUAGAUUCAGGUCUCUUGACAAAGCGGCAAUCCUAGGUGAGGCAAACUCAAAAGAUGAAAACAAAGAAACUCCAUGGUUGGUUGCAACAAUGACUCAAGUUGAAGAGGUUAAAAUGGUAAUCAAGCUCAUUCCCAUUUGGUCAACAUGCAUUCUCUUUUGGACAGUUUACUCACAAAUGAACACCUUCACUAUUGAGCAAGCAACAUUCAUGAACAGAAAAGUAGGAUCUCUAGUUAUCCCAUCAGGAUCCUUAUCAGCUUUUCUCUUCAUCACAAUUCUCCUUUUCACUUCCCUAAAUGAGAAAAUCACUGUACCUAUGGCAAGAAGAUUCACUCACAAUGUUCAAGGAAUCACAAGUCUUCAAAGAGUUGGAAUUGGACUUAUUUUCUCUAUCCUUGCAAUGGCAGUUUCUGCGAUUGUUGAGAAAGAAAGAAGAGAUAAUGCAGUCAAAAAGGACACUAAAAUAAGUGCUUUUUGGCUUGUACCACAGUUUUUUCUAGUUGGUGCUGGAGAAGCUUUUGCUUAUGUUGGACAGUUAGAGUUUUUCAUAAGGGAAGCACCUGAGAAAAUGAAAUCUAUGAGUACUGGUUUUUUUCUAACCACACUUUCAAUGGGAUUUUUUGUGAGUAGCUUAUUGGUAUCACUUGUGGACAAAGUAAGCAAGAAAAGGUGGUUGAAGAGUAAUCUUGAUAAGGGUAGGUUAGAUGACUUUUAUUGGAUGCUAGCAAUGCUUGGAGUGUUGAAUUUUGUUCUUUUUCUUUUCUUGGCCAUGAAGCAUGAGUACAAAGUUCAAAACAACAAUCUUGAGACUAAUGACAUUGUUGAGAAAGAGCUUGUGAUUGUUGGAGCUGAUGGGAUGGAAGAAGCAUAA